UGAGUUUACACUUUACAGGCCUUAAGCAUUAAGUAGGCCUUGCUUUUACACGUGGAAUUCUACCAGGUUAAAGCACUACUUCGUUGUAUUUGAAUCUUUAAGAGUUGACGGAACUUUGCUUCUGAAACCAGAUAUGAAUAUGAAAGAAAAACAUCAGCUUGAACAGUUGGAUGAAACUGGUAACGUUAAAGAUGAUCUCAUGUCUGACGAAGAGCUUGAAGAUGAAGAAAUAGAAAAACCAAAAUCUCGAAAAAAACCCUGGAAUUGUUUAUCUGUCAUCCAUCCCUACAGGAAUGAAUCCCCAGCUUGUCCGUGAAUUUCUUGGGGUUCAUGGCGAAAUUGGAAAAUCAUUCCUGCAGCCCAUAGAAACAGGUGUAAAGAAGAAGCGCAGCAACAGGUUUUCUGAAGGCUGGGUGGAGUUUGCAAGUAAAAGGGUUGCAAAGGCUGUGGCUGAACGACUCAAUAAUACAAAAGUAGGAGGAAAGCGUAGAACUCGGUACCACGAGUGUUUAUGGAACAUCAAAUACCUACCUAGAUUUAAGUGGGCUCACCUUAAUGAGCGUUUGGCUUAUGAGAAGGCUGUCCGUCAACAAAGGAUGAGAACUGAAAUUGCUCAAGUCAAGAGAGAAACCAACUUUUUUAUAGAAUCAGUUGAUCAAAGUAAGAAAUUGAGAAAAAAGAUGGAUAAACUUGAAGGUUGGAAUGUUACUCAGCGAUCCACAGAGGAAGAAAUUACCAAUCGCAAGGCAAGCAGCCAAAAUCAGGACAGAACAGAAUUCUUGAGGAAUCUGUUCAAUCCUUCUAAGUCAAGUACAUCAUGAAUAACCACUGUAUCCUUUUUACUAACAUAACAAUAAAAAUGAGCAUUCUUUCAGUAAUGUAACAAUAGAAAUGAACAUUCUUUCAGGA